AUGUCGGCUUCACGGACCAGCCCUUCAUGGCUGCUGGCAGUCUUGACUGUCUUGAGCGUGCUGUUAGCUCAGGCACGCGCUCUCCAUUUGUACAUGGAAGCCCAGCAACAAAAGUGCUUUUUUGAAGAAUUGCCCAAGGAUACCUUGGUUGUUGGAACCUACAGCGCCCAUGUCUUCAACGUAGAGUCAAAGACAUGGGUACAAGACUCGUCGCUACAAGUGCUCAUCACCGUCGAAGAAACAUUUGACAACGACCACCGGGUCGUUUCUCAACGCACAUCCGGCAGUGGCCGCUUCACAUUCACCGCCGCCGAUGCUGGUCAGCACAGGAUCUGUUUCACCCCUGACUCUCAGAACGGAGGAGGUUGGCUUUCUAGUGCACCAACUGUCAAGUUGGGUCUGGACAUGGCCAUUGGCGCUACCAGCAAAAUUGAGACUGAGGACUCUGGUAAAAUCGCGGACAUUGUAAAGAGAGUUCAAGAUCUCAAUAGUCGGUUACAAGAUAUUCGCCGCGAACAGGUCUUCCAGCGGGAACGAGAAGCUGAAUUCCGUGACCAAUCCGAGGCCACUAACUCUCGUGUUGUCCGCUGGGCUUUGAUUCAGGUGGUUGUGCUUUCAGUUACUUGCGCAUGGCAAUUAUCUCAUCUUCGAUCAUUCUUCAUCAAGCAGAAGUUGACUUGA